AUGGCUGAGGACUUAACAGCCAAUGAACAGAGUGAGGGGGCAGUGGAUGGAAAAUUACUAAGAGGAGACAUCAAGGCUUUGGGUGCCUGGGGCCACCCAAAAUCAGUGGACCUGACGGCAGAGGACGUGAGAAACUGUUUAAUCAGCCCUCCGUACCUUCCAGUUACUGUGGUCAAUACCACAGCACAGCUCACAGCCCUCCGCCAGCAGAUGCACAUCCAGAAUCUUUUUGCCUACAUCAUCCCUGAAACGGAUGCCCACAUGAGUGAGUACAUCGGCACACGUGACAAGAGGCGUGCGUGGAUGACAGGCUUCACAGGGUCCGCAGGAACUGCAGUGGUGACCAUGGGGAAAGCAGGUCUCUGGACCGACAGUCGCUACUGGACCCAGGCUGAGCGGCAGAUGGACUGCAACUGGGAACUACAUAAAGAAGUUGAUACAGCUUCCAUAGUCAUCUGGCUCCUCACUGAGGUUCCUGCUGGAAAGCGUGUGGGUUUCGACCCCUUUCUCUUCUCCAUUGGUUCCUGGGAGAGUUAUAACAUGGCCCUCAUGAACUCUAACAUAAAACUGGUGUCCAUCACACCCAACCUUGUGGACCAGGCAUGGGGGUCAGAGAAGCCUCUGGUUCCGAGCCAGCCCAUUUAUGUCCUGCAGGAGGCAUUCACAGGGAACACCUGGCAGAAGAAAGUAUCUGACAUCCGCAGCCAGAUGCAAAAGCAUCCCAAGGCACCAACUGCUGUCCUUCUGUCAGCGCUUGAUGAGACGGCCUGGCUCUUCAACCUUCGUGGCAGUGACAUCCCUUAUAACCCCUUCUUCUACUCCUACACACUGCUCACAGACUCCUCUAUCAGGUUAUUUGUAAACAGGAGUUGCUUAAACUCUGAGACCCUGAAGUACCUCAACUCCAGCUGCACGGGCUCCAUGUGUGUGCAAGUCGAAGAUUACAGCCAAGUCCGUCACAACAUCCAGGCCUACGCCUCAGGAAACGUGAAGAUCUGGAUCGGGACCAGCUAUACUACAUAUGGGCUCUAUGAAGUGAUACCCACGGAGAAACUCAUAGAAGACACCUACUCCCCAGUGAUGGUGACCAAGGCGGUGAAAAAUAGCAAGGAACAGGCCCUCCUCAGGGCCAGCCACGUGCGGGACGCCGUGGCUGUGAUCCGCUACUUGGUGUGGCUGGAGAAGAACGUGCCCAAAGGCACGGUGGAUGAGUUCUCCGGGGCAGAGCUGCUCAACAAGUUCCGAGGAAAGGAACAGUUCUCCUCUGGACCCAGUUUCGAAACCAUCUCUGCUAGUGGCCUGAAUGCUGCCUUGGCCCACUACAGUCCGACCAAGGAGCUGCACCGCAAGCUAUCCUCAGAUGAGAUGUACCUGCUGGAUUCUGGGGGGCAAUACUGGGAUGGAACCACAGACAUCACCAGAACGGUCCACUGGGGCACCCCCUCUGCUUUUCAAAAGGAGGCAUACACCCGUGUGUUGAUCGGAAAUAUCGAUCUGUCCAGACUCGUCUUUCCUGCUAAUACAUCAGGGCGAAUGAUGGAGGUGUUUGCCCGCAGAGCCUUAUGGGAUGUUGGGCUCAAUUAUGGUCACGGGACAGGCCAUGGCAUUGGCAACUUCCUUUGUGUGCAUGAGUGGCCAGUGGGAUUCCAGUACAACAACCUCCCCAUGGCUAAGGGCAUGUUCACCUCCAUUGAACCUGGUUACUAUCAGGAUGGAGAAUUCGGGAUCCGUCUUGAAGAUGUGGCCCUUGUGGUAGAAGCAAAGACCAAGUACCCCGGGUCCUACCUGACCUUUGAAGUGGUAUCCUUGGUGCCCUAUGACCGGAACCUCAUUGAUGUCAGCCUGCUGUCUCCUGAGCAGCUCCAGUACCUGAACCACUAUUACCAGACCAUCCGAGAGAAGGUGGGCCCGGAGCUCCAGCAGCGGCAGCUGCUGGAGGAGUUCGAGUGGCUGCAGCAGCACACGGAGCCCCUGUCAGCAAAGGCCCCACACACUGCCCCCUUGGCCUCUCUGUUGGCAGUCUCCUCUCUGGCCAUCCUCGGCUGCAGAGUCUAGAGGCUCAGACUCCCUGGCCAACCCUCUAGCUCAGCUCCCCUCACCCUGCACCACCCACGCCCCAAGAGCCCUUGCCAGCCCCUUGCCUGAAAACCACUGCCCUCAGCCUCCUUCUCCAGGACGAAGUUCCACAGACACAGAGCUUCUUGGCCCCGGGCAGGCCCCGUCUGGGCUUGUGUACCUCACCCUGGGUUCCCAACCCUAGCCCUGGGAUAAGAGAGCCAGCUAGUCCCUUUCCUCCUGUAAGCCCAGUAGGCCUAACCUAUCUACAACUUGGCAGAGCCUCUUAUCACUGCCUCCCCCCCCCCAGCAAAAGACCACUAUAAGGCAGUACCCUAAUCCCCGGGGGGUCCAUGGCCCUGGGAGAGCCCUACCCUAUUGCCACCCUUUGGAUAUAGCCAGAGUUGUUCCCGCCCUCACUGGCUCCUGACUUGCUGGUCUUUCCACACCCUUGAAGCUGCCUCUGACCACUCCAACCUAUCCCUGGCCCACCAGUGCCCUCUUGGCGGCAGUGCACAGGCUGAAGGAACCAGGGGGGCCUCCAGGUUCCCUGCUGUGCCUGUAGAUAGAGAGUAAAAGAAGGUGGCUGAGUGUUCUGGUUACACACUGCAACCAGGAAAGCUAGCCAGAAAAGGGGCACGUACACCAGCCUGCCCCACAUGCGAGCCCAUCACUUCUAAACUCUGGGUGGGUUCCGUGCCAUUUGACAGGAUAGGGAGUUAAGCCAUAAGACUUUGGCCACCGGGUAGGAGGGCAUGUGGGGAACAUUCUGGAAUAUGACCUUACUCAAAGUUGGGAACAACCUGAGCAGCAGUGCUCAGUCACUAUCCCAGACUUCCCAGCACAUGGGUAGCCCUUUUCACUUUCCAAAAUCCAGCCACGGUGACAAUGCUGUUAAAUCCCCCAGCAUCCUUGGAUGGUCUUUAACCUGUGUGGGCUGGUUUAACAUGUGUGAGUCUGGUUUCCCCAUUUUACAGAUAGGAAAACUGAGCUCCAGACAGGUGGGACCUCUCCAAGGGCACACAUUGUUUGGCUAGGACAUGGUGGGGCCAGAAUGCAGUGACAGUCCAGCUGUUUUGCCCCCUGGCACCGUGGAAAAUCCCUGAACAUACCUCCAAGUUCCCUGAGCCCGCUGUUGGGGGCAGGGCAGAAGGGAGGGAGGCAGAGUUUUCUUUGGUCAGCCCUGCCGUUAGCCACCUGGGCUCACAUCCUGCUUGAUGCUUAAAACAGCAUGGCAACGAAGCCUGCCUCUGGGUUUUGCAUUGUGUCUUCUGUGUUGCUGGGGACUGCUGUUA